AGCUGCGUUUUACAGAUGAGGACACGGAAGUUAACACAGCUAGUAAAGAGCCAGAAUUGGAACCCAGGAAAGUGAAUGAACUUAAUUGAGAAUGUCUGAAAACCUUGACAAGUCCAGUAUAAAUGAAGCAGGAAAAUCAAAAUCAAGUGAUUCUGAGCAAGGCCUUGAAGAUGCUGUGGAAGGUUGUGAUGAAGCUUUACAGAAAAAUAUAAAGUCGGGCUCUCCAAGCACCCAAAGAGUGCAAAGACCUCACUCUAGUCCUCCUCGAUUCGUGACAGUAGAAGAACUUCUAGAGACAGCGAAAGGCGUCACUAACAUGGCCCUAGCCCAUGAGAUUGUUAUAAACGGAGACUUUCAGAUUAAACCCGUUGAGCUGCCAGAAGACAGCUUGGAGAAGAGAGUAAAGGAUAUUGUCCAUAAAGCUUUUUGGGAUUGCUUGAGUGUCCAGCUAAGUGAAGUCCCCCCAACAUAUGACCGAGCCAUCAAGCUUGUUGGUGAGAUCAAAGAGACUCUCCUGUCCUUCUUGCUGCCUGGUCACACUAGACUGAGAAUGCAGAUAACAGAAGUCUUGGAUCUGGAUCUGAUAAAGCAGGAGGCAGAGAACGGGGCCCUGGACAUUUCCAAGCUGGCAGAAUUCAUUAUUGGCAUGAUGGGGACAUUGUGUGCACCUGUGCGAGAUGAGGAAGUGAAGAAACUGAAGGACAUUAAGGAGAUAGUGCCCCUCUUCAGGGCAAUUUUUUCAGUGUUGGACCUAAUGAAAGUGGACAUGGCGAACUUUGCUGUCAGUAGUAUUAGGCCGCAUCUCAUGCAGCAGUCGGUUGAAUAUGAAAGGAAGCAGUUUCAGGAGUUCUUGGAGAAGCAGCCAAAUUCCCUGGACUUUGUCACCCAGUGGCUGCAAGAAGCCACAGAUGACCUUAUGAGUCAGAAGUAUAAAAAUGCCCUGCCAGCUGCAGGAGGGGCCACCGGCUCUGGGGAUGGUCCCCGGCUAGAUCCCGUGGCCGUCCAGAAUUAUGCGUACCUGAAGCUUCUGAAGUGGGACCACCUCCACCGACCCUUCCCUGAAACAGUUCUGAUGGACCAUUCUCGCUUCCAAGAGUUCCAGCUCCAGCUGGAGCAGCUGACCGUCCUGGGGGCCGUGUUGCUGGUCACGUUCAGCAUGGCAGCCCCAGGGAUCGCCAGCCGGGCUGACUUCGCCGAGAAACUCAAGAUGAUUGUAAAGAUUUUGCUCACAGACAUGCAUCUGCCCUCCUUCCACCUGGAGGACGCCCUGACUGCCGUCGGGGAGAAGGUCUGCCUGGAGGUGAGCAGCUGCCUUUCCCUGUGUGGCCUCAGCCCCCUCACCACGGACAAGGAGGCCGUGCUCAAGGGUCAGAUCCAGGCCGUGGCCAGUCCCGACAACCCCAUCCGCAGGAUCGUGGAUUCCCGAAUCCUGACCUUCUUAGACACCUACCUUGCCUCAAGUCAUCAGAAGCCAUCGCCCAUAGCCCCUGGGGGAUUGGGUCCGAUUCAAAAAGAGCUGGAGGAAGUUGCCGUUAAAUUCGUGCGCCUGGUCAACUAUAACAAGAUGGUGUUCAGUCCCUACUAUGAUGUGAUCCUCAGUAAGAUCCUCGCCAGAUCCUAACACGUAUAGUCCCUGUAGCAGCAGUAUUACUUGCUCGACCUGUUCUCAGCUGUGAUGUGGCUUUGGAAAAUGGCUAUUUAGUACAUUUCUGUUUAGUAGCAGAUUCCAAAAGGAAGAAUAUUGUGUAUCAGUGUUGAGAAGACUUCUUGGAAAAUGCACUGAAUUCUCUUUUGGGGUUUGUAUUUAUGAGUGCAAGUUUACAAAUCAGAGAGGCUGUUGCCCUGAGUUUCAUAGGUAGCACCCAGCUUUUAACAGGACUGCCCUGUGUCUCCACCCCCAGUGUAGCAUGGUCGUAGCUACCUGUCUCUCCCUGGAGUCUGAGACCGCUCUUCUGCCAUCUGGGUGGUUUUUCUUCUAGACACCCGAGAGUAUCUGACAGCCACCCCCAAGUGAAGAAGGCAAGCCAUGAUGCCUUUAGACUCGUCCCUCUCUGGCACAGCCUGCCCCUCCUCCCUUCAAGUAUUUUAUGUUAGAAGAACUUUAUAAAUCUUAGUGCCUCCCAUCUGCCCCCCUCGACCCCCAGUUAUUUAUUGCUUUCUCCCCUCCUGGCCUAGCCAGAG